AAGAAGAACACAAACAACAUGGCGGCGCCCGCGGAACACGUUGAAACGGGCUCCGCAGCGACAGAAACGGACAAAACAGAAGCUCCAGAGGCUUCCAGUGAGCCCGAAUCCUCAGACUGUGAGCCCGCAGCUCAGGACCCGGACCCGGGCUCCGAUGAAGACGAGGACGGAGAAGAGCCGCCGGUCCCGAGGAUCCUGGACACCCCGGAGGACAUCCGCCUGGAGGCGAUCGCCAACACGGUGGCACUGCACCCUACUCGGGACAUGCUGGUGUGCGGGGACGUGGACGGGGACUUGUACGCCUAUUCGUACUCGUGCACGGAGGGGGAGAACCGGGAGCUGUGGUCCUCGGGGCAUCACAUGAAGUCCUGCCGCCAGGUUCGCUUCACCGAGGACGGACUGAAGCUCUACAGCGUGUCCCGGGACAAGGCCGUGCACCUGAUUGACGUGGAGCGGGGGCAGCUGGUGUCCAGGAUCCGAGGGGCCCACGGCUCUCCCAUCAACUGUCUGCAGCUGGUGGACGAAAACAUCCUGGCGACCGCAGACGAUGGAGGAACCUUGAAGGUGUGGGACAUGAGGAAAGGGGAGGCGUUCAUGGAUCUGAAACAACACGACGAUUACAUCAGUGACAUCGCUGUGGACCAGGCCAAGAGGAUCCUGCUCACCACCAGUGGAGACGGCACCAUGGGCGUGUUCCACCUCAAGAGGCGGCGCUUCGAGCUGUUGUCGGAGUACCAGAGCGGCGACCUGACCUCGGUGGCCGUGAUGAAGCGGGGGAAGAAGGUGGCUUGCGGCUCGAGCGAGGGGACCAUCUACCUCUUCAACUGGAACGGCUUCGGGGCCACCAGCGACCGCUUCGCUCUCAAGGCCGAGUCGGUGGACUGCAUCGUCCCCAUCAACGACAACAUCAUGUGCACCGCCUCCAUGGACGGGUACAUCCGAGCCAUCAACCUCUUUCCUAACCGGGUCAUCGGCUGCAUCGGGCAGCACGUCGGCGAACCCAUUGAAGAACUUGCCACGUCCCGAGACAAACGCUUCCUGGUCAGCACCGGUCACGACCAGCUCAUCAAGUUCUGGGACAUUUCCACUUUACCCGACACGACCGUCAAAGAAUACCGCAAGAGGAAGAAGAAGGACGGACGAAUGAAGUCUCUCAGUAAGAAAGCCCACGGAGACAACGACUUCUUCUCAGGACUUGUAGAGGAAACAGUGAAGAAGGAGGAAGAAGAAGAAGAAGAGGAGGAGGAGGAGGAUGAUAGUGACAGUGGCAGCGAUUAAAAAAGCUAGAUUGAGUUUGUCAUGAAUGUGCCUUUGGACAGUUUGUCUGCCUCACAAUGUCUGAAUCAUGGACGUUUCAUUGUGGCAAACGUUAGUAGGUUCUGAACUUCAAGUCUCAGUGAGAGAUCUGAGACUUUGAAACCAACCAUCUUUGUUUGUGUUUGUGAAUGAAAACGUAAGGGUAGAAACUCAAAUCUGGUGUGAUGAAAAGGGAACAAUGAUCAGAUUAUUCAUUUAAAGGCUGGGUACCAUCCCUCAGACCACGGACUGUAAAUGAAGAUGGAGGUCGGAUCUCCAAAACAUGAAGCCAACGCGUCCCCCUGGUGGCUGGCAGCAAUACGGGGCAUAAACCCUGCCUCACAUCCAAUAAAAGUUUUUACAAAAUG